AUGGGAGAUUUUCCAUUUCUUGAAGGUAAAAACCUAAAAGAUAAAUCUGACAAAAAUGAUAAUAAUAAUAGUCUAACUGAUGAUGAAGAUAUUGAAACAUUAAUUGGUGAAACUUUAUCACAAGCCAAUAUAAAUCCAUCACAUUUAAUGUAUGUACCAGGAGAAAGUCAUUUAACUAAUGAUGGGUCUACAUUAUUUGAAGGAGAAGAAGGUAGUUCUAGUCAAACUGAAGAUAUGAAAAGACAAUUAGCAGCAAAGAAUAGAAAACAUGUUAAUGCAUCAUUACAACAACUACAUUAUAAUGAAAAUAGAAUAUCAUUAGAUAGGUCAAUAAAUCAAACAAUUGAAUUAAUUAAUGAAAUUAUUAAAGAAAAUAAGCAAAGACCUAUAUUUUACCCCACGGAAAUUGAAGAUGAUCAAAAAAUCUUGUUGAAUAGUGCAAAAGCUCAUUUAGCAUUGGUUAGACAAAAUAGUAGUAUAAAACAAUUAACAAAACAAAAAAUUAAAGAAGAAGAUGAAAUUGUAAAAGAAUUACCAGAAUUUAAAAUUUUAAAAAUCAAUAUUAAAGGUGGACAUAAUGAUGAUAAUUUAGUUGCAAAUUUAGAUAAAAAAUCAAUAGCAAGUUUAUUGGAAAAAAAAUUAAAUAAUCAAAUUAAAUACCUUUUAAAUUUACAAGAUAGAGUUGAUGAUACUUCUUCAAAAGUAUUUGUUACUGGUGAUUUGAAUGCUGGUAAAUCUACAUUUUGUAAUGCUUUAUUAAGAAGAAAAUUAUUACCUGAAGAUCAACAACCUUGUACUUCAGUAUUUUGUGAAGUUAUAGAUGCAAGUUCUGGAAACAAUGGUUUAGAAGAAGUUCAUGCUAUCCCAAUUGAAAAAGAAUAUAAAAUUCAUGAUGAAUCAACAUAUGAAAUACAUUCAUUAAAAAACUUGGAAAAUCUUGUUUAUGAUUGUGAUAGAUAUAAAUUAUUAAAAGUUUAUGUAUUAGAUCAUAGAUCAUUUCAUGAAAGUCUUUUACAUAAUGGAGUAAUUGAUAUAAAAUUAAUCGAUGCCCCAGGAUUAAAUAUGGAUUCUUAUCAAACUACUCAAGUAUUUUCACGUCAAGAAGAAAUUGAUUUAGUUAUAUUUGUUGUAAGUGCUGAAAAUCAUUUUACUUUAUCAGCAAAAGAAUUUAUUGCUGCUGCUGCUAAUGAAAAAAGAUAUGUAUUUAUUGUUGUCAAUAAAUUUGAUAAUAUCAAGGAUAAAGAAAAAUGUAAAAAGAGAAUUUUAGAUCAAAUUAAAAAUUUAUCACCAGACACAUAUAAGAAUGCAAAGGAGUUUAUUCAUUUCGUUAGUUCGAAUGAAGUAGGUAAAGGCGGCGACGGAGAUGGAGGCGAUGAUGGGGAUGACAAUGACAAUAAUAAUAAUAAUGACAAUGGCAAUGACAAUAAUCAUCCUGAUUUUGAUUUACUUGAAGCAUCAUUAAGGAAAUUUAUAUUGGAGAAAAGAUCAAUAUCAAAAUUAUUACCAGCAAAAAGUUAUUUAUUAAAUUUUUUACAAGAUCUACAAACACUCUCAAAUAUAAAUGAAAAGAUAUACGACAAUGAAAAAAAGGACAAAUUACAAGAAUUAAAUAAUCAAGUUGCACCAAAAGUUAAUGAAAUCGUUUACAAAUCUCAUAGAAUUUCAGACACAAUUAAUGCUUUGAUUGAAAGUACAUGUACCGGGGUGUAUAAUGACACUAACAAAGAAAUUAAUGAAGUUAUGAAUAAUUUAGGUGAUAAACCAGUUGUACAAUAUGAAGGAUUACAAUAUUUGUUUGAAUACGCAAAAGAAUCACAAUUAGCAAUGAUGGAUGUUGUAUGUGAUGCAGUUUUAAAAUGUGAAGAAAUGGCUAAAUCAAUAACGGUUUCUAAAGUUGAAGAAAUUAUAAAAUUUGGUAAAAAUACUUUAAAUGAAGAAUUUUUAGAUGAUAAAAAAUUCAAUUCGGAAUUAAUGUUCACAAGAGUAAAAGAUGAUAUUGGUAAAAACAUUGAAGAUUCAUUAGAAAUUUCAGAUUUUUUCGAUCCUUCAAUUGAAUUAUUUUUGGUUUUUGUUGGAUUACCUGAAAAAUAUGUAAAUUCUACAAAAAAUCAAAUAAAUUUUUUCAACCCAAUUUCGGUUAUUACAAACAUUCCAUCAAAUGCAUUAGCUUUGAAAAAUCAAUUACCUACUCAAUUAACAUUACAUACAAUUUAUUCAUCUGGUAAAAUCUUAACUACUGGUGCAUUAAUUAAUAGAUUAUAUCAUUUCAGUCAUUACGUAACUCCAACAAUGAUCAAACGAGUUGCAAUCCCCAUAUUGAUUGGAUUGUCAGGAUUUACAAUCUACUACUUAAUAACAGAUAUUCCUAAUGCAUUACCUCGAAAUCAAGCCAAAAAAAUUAAAAAACAAAUUCAAGAUAUAAAUUAUAUUCACAACAAUUCUACUAGAUUAUCAAGUGAAUGUAGACAAGUAUUAAAUUAUCCAGCAAGACAAGUUAUGAAUAAUUUUCAAACUAGUAUAGAUAAAAAAUUAAUUCAGAAAGAAAAAUUAGAGUCUUAUAUAAAAGAUGCUGAAUUAAGUUCUGGAUUUUUUAAACAAUUAAGAAAUAAGAUAAAUUUUCAACAAAAAGUUCUUAAGGAAAUUGAUUUGGAAAGUGUUAAUUACGUUGACUAG